UCAUCUUGACCUAGUCGAUCUCACUGUGAUUGAUAAUUGAUAUUCGACCAUCGCCGUGGUCGGACUUUCCUUCGAUCCACGCCUUCUGGCGCUCGGGAUGUUUCGGUUAAGCUCAGAAAACAGGAUCAGAGGGGGGGAAAGAUGGGGUUGCGAUCCAUCACUUGCGGGUUGCGCCUUUGCUUGAAUGUUUUCUUUUUCCAUCUCCGUAUCUUAUUCCCCUCUGCCCACCUUCUCCGCUCUCUUUUCCCCCUUUGUCUGGGAAAGGCUUGCCCACCAUCUUCCUUUUGUGGAUGGAGGUGCCUUAGGGUUCUUGGAUGUCUCUCGGCCAUGUCAGGCAGGAUACCGGCAGGAUUCGUCCGAGGGAUCGAGGCGGCACGAUCAUCGAGGGAAAGGUGGCAUCGCACACACUUGUAUCACAGUGUCCGUUGCUCAGUCCAAGGGUAUUCACAUAUUGCUUCCCCCGCGAGCCCUGGAAAAGCAGAAGAUGCUCGGCAGUGGUCUUCUCUCCGUUUGGUAGAUGAGUACGAAGGUUAUAUACCUACCUGGCCUGUGAGCGAGGCUUUCGAGAUGUUUGUCUCAAGCCACGGUGACAUAGCCCACCCGUUAACUCGCUUCUACACACACGCACUCGUCCACGCACACCAUACAUACUUGCUUAGCCUCCGAGCCAGGCUCAUGCAUGCUGCACGUCCGGAACCAAUCCGGGUCUAGCAGGCCACGUCUAUCUGGAUGGACAGGUCGCUGUCCGGGAAUGGUGACCAAGCUAUAAUGCUCCUCACAUAGUGAUCAACUAU